AUGCGCAUCAAAUCGAAAAUUCCGCCAAACUUAAGCGCCAAGGCAAAAGCAUUAACAAGUGUUCCCCGAAAUUUGGAUGUACCAACGGAUAUCGAAACAAUCCAUAUCCCAGGAAGCAAUACAUAUGAAAAAUUAAAUAAUUUAUUGAAGACAAUGAAUGAAGAGGAUGUUUCGUUCACCAGAGCUCAACUGGAAGCACUUCAUGAAGGUGAAUCGGAAUGCGACAAACGUGUUCGAUAUUCACGAGUUAAAGCUUCCGGCGGUUUCGAAGUGUUUCAACCUAAUAGUAAAUGUAGCGUAGUUUACACCAAAACACCGCCAUUUAUUCAAAAUUGUACAAUGAGAGAUUAUCAAAUCGACGGGCUGAAUUGGUUGAUUCGAGCGCAGAAAAAUGGUCGAAAUGUGUGCCUUGGCGAUGAAAUGGGUUUGGGAAAAACGAUUCAAACAAUUGCACUUUUGGCUUUCAAUCAAAAAGUGCUCAAGUGCAAGAAAAAGUUUUUAAUCGUCGUUCCUUUGAGUACCCUUCAUAAUUGGAAGAGCGAAUUUGAGAAAUUCGCGCCGAGUGUCAAUGUUGCUGUUUUUCACUGUCUCAAAGCACAUAGGAAGCAACUCAUAGAUGAUAUCAUAAAACCAGCGAAAUUUGAUGUUGGCUUGGCCACCUAUGAAUCUGCAAUUAUCUUCAAAGCACACUUACAGAGAAUUGAUUGGGAAUAUGUGGUUAUAGAUGAAGCUCAAAGAAUCAAGUGUCCAGAUCGAACGCUAUUCCGUGAAUUGAGCGUUUUAAUUACUCGGCAUAGACUCCUUUUAACGGGUACUCCGUUUCAAAAUGAUUCCAGCGAAUUGUGGAGUAUUCUCGCAUUUUUGCAACCAGCGAUUUUUUGUAAUUUGAUGGAAUUUUUUGAAUAUUUCUCGUCUGAAAAUUUGAGAAAAAUGUCAGAGAGAGUCGAAUUGCUUCAAAAUAUUAUUCAGCCAUUCUUGUUGAGACGCGUAAAACAUGAAGUUGAGAAGAGUAUCCCGCCGAAACGAGAAUAUCGACUCUACGUUGGUCUAUCAGAACUCCAACAGCAAUUCUACAAAGCUUUCAUCAACAAAAGUGUUGCGACGAAUGAGCAAGGAGAAGUUAAGCUGUCCCACGUAUCGCAUACGCUUAUGCGACUUCGACAAACCGCCAAUCAUCCGUUCAUUUUUCCCGAAGCUGAACCGUCUGGUCCACCCUACGUCACUGACGAAAGAAUUGUAACGUCGUCUGGAAAAAUGAUUCUUUUGGAUCAAAUGCUCAAAAAAUUCAAAGCUGAAGGCAGCCGUGUUUUGAUCUUCAGCCAAUUUGUCUCUGUACUGAAUAUUCUAGAAGAUUAUUGUGAUUAUCGCAAAUAUCCCAUUUGCCGCAUUGAUGGAUCGAGGGUUGGAAAUGAUCGUCAGAAGAACAUUAUGCAAUUCAAUAAGGUGAACAGUAAGAAGUUUGUGUUCUUAAUGACGACAAGAGCUGGAGGAAUUGGAAUCAAUCUCGCCAGUGCCGAUGUUGUGAUUUUGUAUGAUUCGGAUUUCAAUCCACAAAUGGAUCUCCAGGCUAUUGCUCGAUCGCAUCGUAUUGGACAGACAAAGGAAGUUCGCGUAUUCCGUUUGAUCUCUAAAGGCACUGUUGAUGAGUAUUUACACGAAAUCGCCGAUCUCAAAGCUGAGCUUGGUUCGAAAAUCAUCGUAGAUGGAAACGAGAAAGUGGAUUCGAAAUUAAAAAUAGAAAAGAUGAAGAAAAUCUUGAUGGAUUCGCAUCGAAAGGUACAAACCGGCUUAGAGACAUUGGGAAUAAUCAAUUUCGACAAACUCCUCAACGAAUGCGACAAAACAGCAAUGGAAGAAGUCAAGAAAAAGGAGAAAAUUGUGGCCAAUGGAGGUGCAAUUUUCACAAAGAAUUUCGCGGAUUAUAGAUUGAAUCCAAAUAAGGAUGUUGAUGGUGAAAUUUUGAAGAAUUGCAAAGAAGAAGUUGAAAAAGAGAUAGAAAACUUUGCUGCAGGCGAUUCCGAACCCGUUCAGCCGAAGAAGCGUAAAAUCUUGAGUCGAUAG